AGAAGUCUUAUUUAUACAACACCUAGAGUUAACUACUUGUUCCGUUUCAUUCAGCCACCGCCUCUGCGCGGCGCCACUCCUCCUUGAACUGAUCAUUCCGUGCUAUACCAUGUGUAAAGAGACUGAAAGUUGCACGAGCAGCAGCAGCAACAAUCAACGGAAAGCGGAGGAAGUGAUUAUUGGAAACGCAAAAGCUAUUCAAAAACUCAGAGAACUCAUCACAUUACCUCUUCUCUUCCCUCGUGAGGCAAAUAAGUUGCAAACAGGGUUGUUGCUGUGUGGUCCUCCUGGCACCGGAAAGAGAAGUUUGGUAAGUGCAGUCGUUGAGGAAUGUGGAGCAAAUUUGACAAUUAUCAGCCCAGACACUGUUUACAGCACAAAUGCUGGUGAAAGUGAGAGAACUCUCCGCGAGGCUUUUUCAGAGGCAUCAUCUCAUACCGCCUUGGGCAAGUCCUCAGUUAUCUUUAUAGACGAAAUAGACACACUUUGUCCUCCCCGAAAUUCCAAAAAAGGGCAAGAUGUCCGAAUUGCUUCCCAACUUGGUAUUUUGAUGGAUUCAAACAAAGCAACCUCUUCUACGCCAGGGGUAGUUGUGGUUGCAUCAACUAACAGUGUUGAUGCAAUUGACCCUGCUUUAAGAAGAUAUGGACGUUUUGAUAUUGAAACUGAUGUUACAGUCCCCAAUAAAAAGGAGCGCCUUCAAAUUCUAGAGCUGUAUACAAGAAAGAUUCCUCGAAAUUCAUGCGACUUAGAAUCCAUUGCUGCAUCAUGCAAUGGAUAUGUCGGAGCUGAUUUAUGGGCUUUGUGUCGUGAAGCUAUCAAAUCUGCAAUCAGAAGGUCUUUAAUUGCAAAGAAAGAUGUCAAAAAAGACUCUAGUUUAACGAUGGAAGAUUGGAAGAAUGCAAGCUCUCUUGUUCAACCAAGUAUAACAAGAGGCAUUACUGUGGAAAUUCCCGAUGUGACUUGGAACGAUAUUGGUGGAUUGAAAGACGUGAAGACAAAGCUCAGGCAAGCUGUUGAGUGGCCUAUGAAGCAUCCUGCCGCAUUUUCAAGAUUGGGAAUAACCCCUAAUCGUGGAAUUCUUCUCCAUGGGCCUCCAGGAUGUUCCAAAACUACUCUUGCUAAAGCUGCUGCAAAUGCUGCUAAUGUUCCCUUCUUUUCCUUGAGUUGUGCAGAUGUACAUUCAAAGUAUGUCGGAGAUGCAGAAAGUUAUCUUCGUGAAAUUUUUCGCAAAGCACGGCUUGCCGGAAAAAGUAUAAUAUUUUUUGAUGAAGUUGAGUCAGUAGCUGGCAAACGGGGUGAUAGUUCGAGCAGUAGUUCCGCAGCUAGUGAGAGGCUUUUAUCUACUCUGCUAACUGAGAUGGAUGGUUUAGAAGAAGCCAAAGGAGUCCUUGUUUUUGCAGCUACGAAUCGCCCUUAUUUACUUGAUGCUGCACUUAUGCGUCCUGGACGAUUUGAUAUGAUUUUGUAUGUGCCACCGCCUGAUUUGGAGGGUCGAUUGGAGAUACUUAAUGUACACACACGUAGGAUGAAAUUACAGAGUGAUGUUGAUCUUAGAAAACUAGCAGAAGAUACCGAGCUCUUCACAGGUGCUGAACUAGCAGGAUUGUGUAGAGAAGUUGGAACAGCAGCUCUAAGGGAAAACAUUGACGCGAGUGUUGUUUUUGACCGUCAUUUCCAGAUUGUUAAGAAUGCUUUAAAUCCAUCGUUAACAAAAGAAGCAAUUGAUUCAUACUCGUCUUUUAGGAAGACCUCAUCUCGAAGCGGUUGCCUAGAAUAGAAUAUCGAAUAAGAAGAAAGAGCUGGUUGUUUUCUUUGUCUUUGGCUGAAGCUGGUGCAGUCAGCACCAUGUUACAUGUUACAUGUUACUGCAGCACUAUUUUUGUUUUUGUUUCAUUGAAGCUGGUGCAAUACUGUUAAAUACUAUAUCUGUAUAUCAUGCAUGAUAUUUUUUUUUUUUUCUUUCUUUAACGUUAGAUAAUAUCAUUAGAGUUUUUCUUCAAACAAAGAUAACAUUAGAUGACAAAUAGCUUUUCUUCAAUUAUCAAACCAUCAAUAAUGAACAAA